AUGAUUUCAAAAAGACCAGUGUUUCUGAAACCGGGUAACGACACUCUCUACCCAAUAAAAAACAAAGAUGGAAUGAUAGAAACAUUGAUUAAUCCUAAUGUUGACUCCGCAUUAAGCAUUGAUACAGAUGCCAAAACAAAUUUUGUAUACAAUAGAUACCAUCACUUACCACUAACUGCUCAAAGGCAGAAGUUACCAGUUUUCCAAUAUCGUAAUCAUAUAUUAUAUUUGUUAGAAAAGUAUCAGACUUUAAUUUUGAUUGGGGAAACUGGAUGUGGAAAGUCGACUCAAGUACCUCAGUAUCUACACGAAAUAGGUCACAAAGUAUGUGUAACGCAACCCCGUGUGGCCGCAGCGGUGUCUCUCGCGAGCCGUGUAGCAGAAGAGUGUGGAGAAGACUUGGGUGGGAGCGUUGGCUAUGCGGCUGGUAUGAUGUCGCAUCGUUCUCCGGAUACUGGGAUAGUGUUCAUGACAGAAGGCGUGCUUCUUAGAGAAAUGUUCGCGUCACCGCUACUGAUGCAGUACUCAUGUAUCGUACUCGAUGAGGUACACGAGAGAUCGCAAAUGACAGAUGUUCUCAUGGGAUUACUAAAGAAAAUUAUAAAAAAAAGAAAGAAUUUAAAGCUCGUAGUCUCUUCGGCUACAAUGGAUGCUGAGUUUCUAAAAGAUUUUUUCAAUUUAAACGAUAAAAAGGAUAAAACUAACAAAAGUACAUCAGUAAUAAUGUCUAUGCAGGGAAGGACUCAUCCUAUCGAUAUAUUUUAUGUACAAGAACCCGUGCCAGAUUAUGUGAAAGCGACAGUCGACACAGUGAUCAAAAUACACGAAAACGAGCCGUUUGGAGAUAUACUAGCGUUUUUAACUUCACAAGAGGAAAUUCUCUCCGCUUUAGAUAGUUUGCAAGAAUAUGCGGAACAGAAUAACGAAAAAAAUAAAUAUAGAAAAUUAUUCCCAAGUGGCAUCAAUGCGUGUAACAUAUCAGUUAUGCCCUUAUAUGGCAGUUUACCUUAUUAUAAACAAAUCAAAGUUUUUCAAAUGUCCGAGAAAAAUGUCAGGAAAGUGAUAUUAGCGACUAAUAUUGCUGAGACCAGUGUCACUAUUAAUGGGAUUGUUUAUGUCAUAGAUAGCGGUUUCCACAAACUGCCGCAUUUCGAGCCCGCGGUGGGAGUGGAGGGCGUGAGUGUUAGCGUGAUCGCCAAGCAGAAUGCCGUGCAAAGGGCGGGCAGGGCGGGACGCACGGGCAGAGGAAAGUGCUACAGAUUAUAUACAGAGGAGGACUACGACAAAUUACCGCAGAGCAUCCCUCCAGAGAUGUGCCGCAGUGACCUCUCCGCUGUACUUCUGCAAUUGAAAGCUUUGGGCAUUAAUAAUUUACUGAGAUUCACAUUCCCAACCCCCCCACCAGCAAAGUCCCUACUUUCCAGUCUAGAAACUCUUUACGCACUAAAGGCGAUAGAUAAAGAUGGCGACCUCACAGAGUGCGGGAUGAGAAUGUGUGAACUGCCUUUAAGGCCGAUGUUUGCUAAGAUGUUGUGUGAAAGCGGUGAAUUUGGAUGUAUAGACGAAAUUCUAUCGAUAGUGUCGAUGUUGCAAGUGGACGAGGUGUUCACUAAGCAGAGUAGCGGGAAAAGUAAUAUAGCUGCUAAAAUAUCUAGACGGAAUAAUUUUGAGGUGGCUGAAGGCGAUAUCAUAAUGUAUUUGAAUAUAUUAGAUGCGUAUUUGAAAAUAAGAUCUAACGACAAUGAGAAAAAAGCUAAAAAGGCAUGUAAAGACUGGUGUCAGAAGAUGUAUCUCAACUAUAGGGUCAUGGAAAAGGCAGUAGAAAUUAGAAACAGCUUAGAGAAACUCGUGAAGGAUAAAUUUCAGCUGGAAAAUAAAACGUUUGAUGAUCUUGACUUAGGUCCAGCCAAAACAAAUCGUAUAAUGAAAGCGGUGAUCUCAGGCCUUUUCCCUCAAGCGGCUCGACUCGCACCCGACAGUCAAUACAAAGGAAUCCGAGGAGCUGAUCUCGCAAUAAGUCCUACCAGCUGUCUAUAUCACACCCAACAGCCCACCUGGGUUGUAUUUGCCUCAGUACAAAGUUCCGGAGAUAAAACGUACAUGAGAGACGUGAUGGUGAUCAGUAAAGACUGGCUUUUGGAAUUUGCACCGCAUUAUUAUAAGGAAAAC